UAAGUAAUACAUUGGCAUAGCUUUGCCAUUUGUCAGCCAGCAGUCUGGUAACACAUUUGCUCGUCAAUCUAAUUUUAACCUUUUCUCACACAAGCACUUGGUAUUUCAUGUAAAUCAACCAGACAUUCUGUUUUUUACUAGGGCUGUAUCUUCAUAGUCUUCUAAAACCAUGUGCUUCACCCAAAAUAUUCAUUUUAACUUGUGGAAGGAUAAUUAAAGCUUAUGAGGUACUUAAGGACUGUUAAUACCGGAACACUUGGAAUCUGUUUAUUACCACAGCAAAGAUAAUUAUGUCUAGCGAAGAUUUUUGAAAAUGAGUAUGAUAACAUCUUUCAUCAUUUUCUGAAAUUAAAGGCCUGUCCUGAAAGCUGGUUUUAGAAGGUUCAUUCCACAACACGAAACCUGAAAAAAUGGGAUUUAUACAUCUAUCCAGCCAGAAUUGAAAACGAAUGGGGAUUGUAUUGUUUUUCCUGUUCUUUCUUUUUCUCCAAAGAAAUAACAAUGUACAAGGAAGCUGUCCUCCAGGCAGUGCAGUAUCUUGUGAAGAUUGUUUGCUCUCUGGACCGCAGUGUGCUUGGUGUUCUCAAGAGAAUUAUACUGAUGAAUCUGGAAUUCAUGGAAGGUGUGAUACUCUGGAAAAUCUUUUGUCAAAAGGAUGUCAGUGGAACUUCAUUGAAUUUCCAAUUUCUAAAGUAGAAAUUCACAAAAAUAAACCCCUUAGCGUAGGAAUCCAGAAGAAUAGCUCUGAUGUCACACAGAUUUCCCCUCAAAAGUUAACUUUUAGAUUGAGACCAGGAAAUGAAGAAACAGUACAGAUCAAAGUUCGCCAGACUGAAGAUUAUCCAGUUGAUCUCUAUUACCUCAUGGACCUUUCCGCUUCAAUGGAUGAUGAUCUGAAUACAAUAAAGGAAUUAGGCUCAACUCUCUCCAAAGAAAUGUCAAAACUAACAAGCAACUUUAGACUGGGUUUUGGGUCUUUUGUUGAAAAGCCAGUUUCUCCAUUCAUCAAAACCACAACGGAAGAAAUAAACAAUCCUUGCAGAAGUGUUCCAUAUGAUUGCUUACCCACCUUUGGAUACAAGCAUGUUUUGCCAUUAACAAAUGACGCUGAAAAAUUCAAUGAAAUUGUGAAAAGACAGAAAAUCUCUGCUAAUAUAGACACUCCGGAGGGAGGAUUUGAUGCAAUUAUGCAGGCAGCUGUUUGCAAGGAAAAAAUUGGGUGGAGAAAUGACUCUCUACAUUUGCUGGUGUUUGUGAGUGAUGCUGAUUCCCAUUUUGGGAUGGACAGUAAACUGGCAGGGAUUGUUAUUCCAAAUGAUGGGCAUUGUCACUUGGACCACAAUAAUGAAUAUUCCAUGUCAACAGUUCUGGAGUAUCCAACAAUUGGACAACUAACAGACAAGCUUGUGCAAAAUAAUGUUUUACUAAUUUUUGCCGUAACAGAGGAACAAGUUUACUUAUAUGAGAAUUAUGCUAAACUUAUUCCUGGAGCUACUGUUGGACAACUUCAGAAAGAUUCUGGAAAUAUUCUCCAGUUGAUUAUUGAUGCAUAUAAGGAGCUGCGAUCUGAAGUGGAGCUGGAGGUGUUAGGAGACACAGAAGGAGUCAAUCUCUCUUUCACCGCAAUAUGUAACAAUGGUACCAUUUUUCCACACCAGAGGAAGUGUUCCCAUAUAAAAGUGGGAGACACAGUCUCUUUCAACAUGACAGUGAGCCUACCUACCUGUGAGAAAAGGCAAAGGCAAAUUGUAGUAAAGCCUAUGGGCCUGAGUGAUGCCCUGGAAAUUGAUAUUCAGCUGGAAUGCAGCUGUAACUGUCAGAAGGAGGCUGAGAUGAACAGUUCUAAAUGCAGUAAAGGAAAUGGCUCUUUUGAGUGUGGAGUGUGUGCCUGCAACCCUGGCUACAUGGGUCCUUACUGUGAAUGUAAUGAAAAUUCCCUGAGCACAAAUUCCUGUAAAGGGUCUCCAGAGCAGAGCUCCUGCAGUGGGCGAGGCGAUUGUUACUGUGGGCAAUGUAUUUGCCAUUUCUCCGUGCAUGGAAGUAUUUAUGGGCCAUACUGUGAAUGUGACAAUUUCUCUUGUGUGAGGUUUAAGGGAUUGCAAUGUGGAGGUAAUGGUGACUGUGACUGUGGUGAAUGUGUAUGCCACAAGGGAUGGACUGGUGAAUACUGUAACUGCACAAGUGAUGUUAGCGCCUGUGUUUCUGAGGACGGAAUGCUGUGCAGUGGAAGAGGUGAAUGUAUUUGUGGAACAUGUGUUUGCACAAAUCCCGGGGUCUCGGGUAGCACAUGUGAAAGAUGCCCUACAUGUGGUGAUCCAUGUAGUUCCAAACGGAGCUGCAUAGAAUGUCAUUUGGCUUCUGAUGUCCAGUCACAGAGAAAAUGCAAUGAAAAAUGUAAAUUAGUUGAUGCAACUAUCAAUCAUUCGGAAGAUUUCCCAAAGGAUAAAUCCAUUCCUUGCUCUUUGCAAGGGGAAAAUGAAUGUGUUUCUACAUUUCUAAUGGCUACAGAUGAACAAGGAAGGACAAUUAUUCAUAGCAUAAAGCAGAAAGAUUGCCCACAACCUCCAAAUAUUCCAAUGAUAAUGCUGGGUGUUUCUCUUGCUAUCCUUCUGAUUGGCAUUGUUCUACUGUGUAUAUGGAAAGUGCUAGUUUCUUUUCAAGACCGAAAGGAGGUUGCCAAAUUUGAAGCAGAAAGAUCAAAGGCCAAAUGGCAAACGGGAACAAAUCCCCUGUACAGAGGCUCAACAACCACAUUUAAAAAUGUAACUUACAAGCACCAAGAAAAGCAAAAAGUGGACAUUACUGCAGAUUUCUAUUAGCACUUCAGACACUGGAAAAUUAGUUUUACUGACAGAAAAUGUAAAAGCACUAUUUCGUUUUUAUUUCUUAUGACUGAUUACAUGGACAUUUGUUGGCACAUCUUAGUGAUACAAAAAUUCAGCUAGAGCAAAUAUAUUUUGUGUGUAUUGAAGAUACUGUAAACAACUGCUACAAAAGGAAUGCUACAAAACAACACAUUUAAUAUUAAGACCUACAAAUUAGAUUUAAAGAAAAAGCACUGAAGAGUUCUGUGGAAUUUACUCCACAAAGAAAAUAAAACUUCACCAUCAAUAAGCACAUUUUCCUGAGUUUAUCUUGUAUUUGCUAUUUAUGGUGAAUUUUACUGCACAUUGUACAUGAUACAAUGCCACACAGAUGGUGCAUGCCCAGACACAAUCAGUCCACACUGUUGGCUUACAUAAAAUAAAAGACAGGAAUUUAUGAAUGACAAGAAUAAUGUCUGCAAUUCUAGGAAGUUUAGGGAGUCCUGAUGCCAGACUAUGGGCUUUGGUAUUGGUUUAAUCAGUAACAACUGAAUUUGUAGCCUUUCUUACAUAAAUCCAAAAUUUAUAAAAAUAUCUUUGCAACCUCUUUGCCUUUCCCUCUUUCUUUGCCUGUCUCCUUUCCCCCUUUGGUGUUCUACCCUUUUCUUUAAGGACUCACGCUUAAGGCACUGCCAAAAGUGAAUACUGUUUAAAAAUAGCCAGAUUGCUUCCUCUGAGUUCUAGUGGCGACAUUCUAAUACAAAAUAAAAAUGUUUGUCAUUGUUCAGAAAAUUCAGUUGGGCAGCUUUAAACAUGAAGAUAGCCCUGGGAGUUCUGAAAAAUCCUACUCCUGUGCAGAGAUCCUGUGCCAUUUAAUCCCAAUUAGACUCAAACGAUAAACCUAUGAGCUGUACAGGUUAUUGUGCAAGCCCUUUGCAUAGAAGAAAAUUUCAUGCAUAAAACAUAGAUUUAAUAUCAUACCCAUAAUUGCACUGUUUUGUGGAUAACACACAUAAAUAAUACUUUAGGUAUCCAUAGCAGCAGCGUAUUUUAACCUGUCAGUCCAUUUAUUCUAGUACAAGAGAAUAACUUCAGCCCUUUUUUGGAAGUUUUUCAAAUAAGCAGUUAAUAAUUACUAAUUCCACUUGCUAUUCAUGACAGUGACUUUAAUAAUGAUUUUAAAAGCUCAGUUUUUAACUAGAGUUGCUAUCUAUUUGCCAUAGAUCCUUAGUAAAAAGAAAAAUUGUGAUGGCAGGCACAAAACUGAAGAAAAAGCAGUUGAGGAGAUAAAAUACAAAUUACACCAUCAAGAAUUUUUUAGAGAGAGAAAAGGGUGCUAUAUUUACCUAACUAAUCAUUUCUUCUGAAAUGUUUUAACCUGAAAUUCAUGGUAAAGAGAUUCAGAGUGCAGACUGUUUUUACAACAGACACACAUGUUAUCUGAAAACAUUUUUUAAAAAGCAACAUGUUGGCCUAUUCACAGAAUAACAAAACCAAUAUUUUUCCUUGUAUUAAACUACAAUUUUGAUCUAAAAAUCCUUGAAGGUGUUUAUUUGAACAGCCUGUGUAACUUCAAGUUUUUAUAUCCAUACAUUGCAAAUACGGGAUGUGGUGUGAAUUGAUUUAUCAGGUAGGUCUGACUAAAACCUGAUUUUUUGGGGGCCUGAUCCAAAGUCUACUGAAGGACAGUGAAAUAAGGUGAGACAAUAUAACAGCAUGUGAAAUAAUUUCAGUGUGAAGGGUUUACUAUAAAUCUAAUCUCUGGAACUGGAACAAGUUAAUUAAGCAUCUGUACUUUUAGGUAUUCUUGCCCAACUAAUAGUAAAAGCUAUGUUUAUGCAGAGAGCCCAGAUUUGCAGUUCUUGCACUCAUACUGAAGUCAGUGAAAAUUUCAUAUCAUAUGAAAUCCUACUUCUUUAACCAUAUGAAUUGUUCCACUGAGUCAAAAUCAUGAAGACAAUAGGAGUUCUGCAACUGACUUCAAUGAGGUCAGGAUUUUACCACUGACUUCAGUUGGAUUAUUGCACAAGUAAGCAUAGCAGAAUUUGAACAAUGGAACGAAUGUAAAGGUAAAAUAGAUAUUACUUGUACUUUACAAUAAACACAAAAGUAUCAAUUGAGAAUAAUUUUUAAAAGAUUAAAAAGCUUCUUCUAUUUGGUGUCUCUAAACUAACCAAAAUUCUUGUUGUUUUAUUAAGCAUGUUUUAAGUUAGAUUUCAGAAUGGCUGACUCAAUGAUCAGUAAUAGGAAGCAGAGCCUUUCAUCUUUAGGUCACCAGUUUACAUAUAGGGCCACGUCUCUAUUUGCCACGAGAAAGAUUGACCUUCUGGCAUUCAAUUUAGCAGGUCUAGCAAGGACCCACUAAAUCAAAAACUAUAAGGGUACCUAGUCAGCGCCAGUACUCCUCAAAUUUUGUGAUUACAAGAAGUAAGGGAAGCCAGUGGGAGCAUUUGCUCCUAUCAAUCUCCCACUGGGAAGAAAGCACUAAGCUUGGCUGAAGGUAUGUCAACUUCAGCUAUAUUAUUUAUGUUGUUGGGGUUUUGUCAUUAAGCCAACCUUCCGGGUCUAGUGUAAACCUGGCUUAGGAUAAUUUUGUGGUGUAUGAAAGUAACAACUUCUGGUAUUUGAACAGUGUGCAGUAUCCCCUAAGAGAUGAGUGUGGUACUCUGUCCCAUUCCUAAAGAGCACUGCACAUCACAAAAUCACUACUAUCACUGAGAACAGAGAAACUAUCCAUUUUCCAGGAGGAAAAUAUCUGUGCUAGUCAUUAUACAAACACAGUAAAAGAAAGUCCCUGCCCUGAAGAGCUUACAUUCCAUAGGAGACCCUUCAAAUACAGAUCGUGCUGAAAGCUCUUUUUAAUUAAAAUCUGUGCGGCAAGCUUCCCAGAGGUCACAUAGAAUAUUAUAAGAUGUUGCUCAGAGACCAGUAGCAUUUACCCCAGCUCUGGGAGUGGGGUUUAUCCUUUUAGUUGGAUGGUAAUAUUUGUUAUCUUGUAGAUACUUUUAGCAAACGUAUACUACCAUUUAUUCUUCUUCAAACUUUGAGUGUCUGUGUGUGGUAUUGGGCAGAGGGGGUUGGUCGGGAGAAUUAAAAGGUUUGGUUUUUUUUUACCCUGUUGUUGUCAUGGAUGUUGUUUUGACCUAAGGCUGGACCUGGAGAAAGGCCAAAACGUUGUUAAUAGAUGUACUUCUGUUCACUGAAGAGUAAAACUAAGUAAAUAAAAGAAUGUUCAUAGCCCUUUUUUUGUAUGUGUGUAUUUGACAUACAUUAAAAAUUAUAAUUU